AUGUCGUCAAGGCUAGCUAAUUUGUUGGCCGCCCUUGUGGUGGUUCUAUCCAAUGCACUGGGCUUCGUCGUCGCACAAGGCUCCAGGCCGGUGUUUGCUCAUUUCAUGGUAGGCAUUGUCGAAAAGUUCACCGUUCAGGAUUGGAUAAACGAGAUCCAACAAGCGCAAGCCAUUGGUAUUGAUGGUUUUGCUUUGAACUGUGCUCCUCCUUGGGUCGAUAGCUACACGCCAACGCAGCUCGACAAUGCGUAUACGGCCGCUCAGCAGCUCAACUUCAAGAUGUUUAUUUCUUUCGACUUCGCCUACUGGUCUAACGGCGACACGGGCAACAUCACGAGCUUUGUGGGCAAAUACGCCGCCCACCCGGCCCAGGCCGUUUUCAACGGAGGCGCUCUUGUUAGCACCUUUGUUGGUGAUUCCUUCAACUGGAAUGCCGUGAAGAGCGCCCUCGGCAGCCAAAAGUUGACAGUGAUCCCGAAUAUGCAAGAUCCUGCCUCACUCGGAAGCGUUAGCAGCCAGCUUGGCAUCGACGGGGCCUUUUCGUGGUAUGCUUGGCCUACAGACGGCGGGAACAGCGUCAUCAAAGGGCCCAUGACAACCGUGUGGGAUGACAGAUACAUCCAGGGCCUCGGCGGUCGGCCCUACAUGGCACCCGUUUCUCCGUGGUUCUCGACCCAUUUCAACACCAAGAACUGGGUCUUCAUAUGUGAAGAGCAGCCGGUCCGCCGAUGGCAGCAGAUACUUGACAUGAAGCCAGCCCUGGUUGAAAUUAUAACCUGGAACGACUUUGGUGAAAGCCACUAUAUCUCUGGCUCAGAGCCCAACCAUAGCGACGACGGUUCCUCCCAAUGGGCCAAUGGCUUCCCCCACGACGGCUGGCGAGACAUCUACAAGCCAUAUAUUGCUGCCUACAAGGCUGGCGCAUCGUCCCCUACCGUCCAGGCAGAUGAAAUCGUCUACUGGUACCGCCCGACUCCACAUGGUGCCCAAUGCAGCAACGAUCCGUUGGGUAUUCCUCGAGGAGCCGAACUGAUGGACGACCUGGUCUUCGUCAGCACGUUGCUCACGCAGCCUGCGCAACUGACCGUGACCAGUGGAAACGCGGCACCUGUCACUGUCAAUGCUGAUGCUGGCGUUCAUGUCUUCAACUUCACAAUGGGCGUUGGAAAGCAAUCGUUCUCGCUCUCUCGCGGCGGCAGGCAGAUUCUGGGUGGCCAGAGCGCAAAGGACAUCAGCAGCUCGUGCCAGACCUAUAACUUCAACGCAUACGUGGGCAAGUUUUAG